ACAAAUAGCUACUUUCAUCGGAAAAAAAGGCAUGGGUUGUCAUUUUUAAUAGGUCACUUCCUGACGUGAUACCAUUCGAUGUACGUGACGUGUAUCAGUUGAAGAACAGCGAAGUUGCACUGAAACAGAAGUGCUAGAAACCCUUUGCUCCGAGUACUGACAAAUGGGGUUGCAUUCAUCGCCCGUUGGACGACGUUGCCCUGCAGAUUAAACCCAUACAUGCUGCCCAUGUUUAAUUAUUUCGAUUCAAACAUCGUAUUUGGAUUAAAACAAACUCUGUGGAUUUUGUUGACCACAAAUUCAUCAUGUGGUGGAAAUUAUUGCUGAAUGUGCUCAGUCUGUCCCUGACGGUGACCCUAUGUUCUGCCUGCACUGCUUCCAGCACAGGUUCGAGAAAACCGAAUAAACCCUUUCAUGGGAUCUUAAAUGAACCCAUGGCGGAUGUUUGGCUUGGAGCCAUGGAAUUCAUCGACUUCACUUGCGGUCUUCCCAAGAAUCCUGACAAACCCGUUGAACAGCCCACGGCAAAUCCGCUGCUCAACCUGCCUACAGACUACACCAAUCAGAUCGCACAGAGCAUGAAGCUACCGACAGGCAAGGUCAACCCUUACAAAUUCGAUCACUCCUUCGUCUACUUCCGGGGCAAGACUUUCGAGUGGGGCGCCAGCAUCAUCUACGACUACAGCACGGCGAACAUCGGCCGCGACCCUCACGUGUGUCCGGCGAUCUGGAGUCUGCAGCGGGGAAGCAACUGCACGCUGAGCCAGGUAGAGAACCUGGCAGCGAAGUUCGGACCGAUUCACGGCGCUUAUCAUCUUUUCACCAACAACUGUCAUCAUUUUGCAGAAUGGUUAAUGAAGAAACUUAUUGCAGGUGAUUGCAUUCCAAAAUAAUGACCAAUGACGUCAAGAAUAUUUUCAGGACUUAUCAAGAAAAAGUAUUCACUUCAUAACUUCAGCUGUAAGUGCUGAAUGAUUUUAUAUUCGAUUUGCUCUACCUAUAUAAUUAUGAAUCGAAUAGAGUGAUGAGGUUCUAUCUACACCUUUACUGGAAGCGAUGAUUAAGACUGAAAAUAAUGAAUUGAAUUAUUCUUUCCAAUAUUAUUUUCAACAGAUGUACAGGAAAUUAGAGUUUCCCUUCGGUUGCCAUGAAAAUACCUGUCUCAUAAAAUAUGAACGACAAGCGUCAACUAUGAACCAAACGUUUUGAAACCAUGUGCAAAUUUUGCUUUAUGUCUAUGGUUGCUGUUUAAUCUAUACUGAGUGCAAGACGAAAAGCUUGAGUUUGUCUCCAGUCCACCGAUACUAUUUAAAAUACAAAAAUGACACAAUAUUAAUACAAUAUCUGUAUGUGGUCGAUUCCAGACUUUCAAUAAAAGGCUUGACAAUUAAUUGCUGACCGUAUAUAGUCCCGGAUAGUGGUCUUUGUCAAUGACACGAAGCUCUUUUCUUUUAAUGUCUGUGCAUUCAUUAGCCCGACUUGAUGAUUUCCCCAUCUCAAUAAAUGGCUGAGCAUUGAAUUGUUAAAACCUAUAAAUGUUUUAACAAAUUUGUUUUUAAAGGUCAGAAGUAUUUUUUGAAAAAGGAAAAAUAUAACAACAGAAUGUAAAGAAAAGGGUAAAUACACUUGAAAAAGGUAAAACGGUUUAUAGCAAAAUUAUCUGAGGUACUGGGUAAUUGAGGAGGUUUCCCUUACCAAAGAGCACUUGCGCAUCAAGUUGGUUUCGAACACAGAACCUCCCGCUUAGGAGAACACUUGAUCACUCGAAUUAUCCCACCUCCUAUCGAGCUAACUGUUUGAAUAAUUAAAGAGAAGGGUGCAUGGAAUCUAGGAUUCUUGAAAAAAAGAUUGUGAGAUUUUUCAUUCUUUUUAUACCAGUGAAAUGUCGUGGGGUGGGUUGGAUAAGAUACCCCAGGUGGACCGUGUCAGGAAUUAGAGUGGAUUCAAUUAAAGCACAGGGACACCAGA